CGUCAAACGGUGCACCACCGAAUCUUACGAACCGGCCCCGGACAGGUUCCUGACCUUCACUAGCCUGUGGCGCGCGAGUACUCUCACUCUUUACGCGUUUGAUUUGCUUUCUACGUGAGGCGCGACGCGUCAUCUUCGGCACGGUGUUAAUCGACAAAAGAGGGAGGGUGCUUCAACCAGUGUGCCACGCGUUAGGCAAUCGGGCCGUUUAAGGUCCACGCCGAGUGUGUUUUUCACGAUCAAUCGAAGGUGUUAAUGUGCCCGGCAAGAUGCGGCCAGUGAGUUUAAGCAUUCUUUUUGCAGUAACAGUCGCUGUGUCGGCCUCCGACGAUGCGUUCAACAUUGAGCUGAAACAGAAGGACGCCGAAGUGUACCAUGAGCAGAGCUUUGGCAAAAAUGAGUUCAAUUACGGAUAUCAGGUGGAGCGUACCAACAGCCAAUUUCAGCAUAAGGUCAAGGGUCCGGAUGAUGUAACAUACGGUUGCUACGGUUAUAUCGAUCCCGUCGGCGAAAAGCAUCUUGUGUACUACAUUGCCGAUCGGCUCGGCUACCGGUUGCUGGCACCGGACCAGCCAACGAAAGUGUUUACCGACCGCGUCGCAAACAGCGUCAAUAAGCUGGAUGCUGAUCUUCAGGGCCGCAAGCUAGACGAGAAGGUCGUCGCAUGGAAUGAUCUUUACCUUCCCUCCACCUGUCGGCGGUUGGAUGAGAUCGUAAGCAUUACGCCACCACCGACCACGGCUGCCCCAGUUCUGCCGCCGGUAAAUGGAGGAGCAAAUGGGGACUUUUCCAACGGUCCAAAUGGAGCGGGUCCAAUCGGAACAUCUCAGCAACCGGUAGGAAGUGGCAGUGCUGGAUCAUCUAGUGGAGAUCAUCAAGAUGACAACAACAAUAACGGUGGAAGUUCUUCGGGUGUUGGUAAAGUGCCAACUGUACCUGUUGUAGAAGAAUCCACUCAAUCGAACCUUUCAAUUUCUGGAGGAAUUCCGAGCUCUACGACUACGGACAAUCCUUCAGGAAAUGGGCAAAAAGAAACAAAUGAUCAUGGUAAAGGAUCGGAAGAAAUCAAAGAUCUUCCCAGUGGUGAUCUUCUACGAUCGACCACGGUCCAUUCAGUUUCUAUUGCCUCAACUACUCCAAACACUCCUUCGGUUCAGAAUGUCACCGUUCCACAUGAACCUACUCCUGCUCCUAAACAAAUCGAUCCCGCUAACAUUCCUCCCCGUACAACUUAUCUUCCCAUCACUUCAACACCCCGUUCUCCCAUUAUUCGUGUGCCAGAACAACCCACUCCCCGCCCUGCGAACACUCCUCCCCAACCCAACUGCAGGUCCGAUUCGUCCGGACCGCGUCCCAAAUAUCCCGGCUCUACCGCUGCCCAGUUCAACGGGUUCGUGUUCCCGAUCAACCGUAACUGCGACGACAGUGGCCGCAACACGGCCGAUCUGCUCACACAGAUGCAAACACUCAACGAGAUGGUCCUGAAGGUGAGCAAUACCCUGCACGCACUGGUCGAAACCGAUCGCAACCGUGCCGCGGCAAACGAGACGUGCGAGCGGGUGCUGGAGCUGCUCAACAUCCAGCAGCCGGUGCCGCUGCUAGUGUACGUGCCGAUCAUGGUACCUUACCUUGACGGUGGCAUUCAGCAUGGUGGUGGUGGUGUGCAGCCACCGGUCAACCCGGCUAGCUACGCGUACGCCAAGACGUGCAGCGAGUGUCGGUAGACGGGGUAUCGGGUGCAAUGGAAAGGGGCGGCUCAAUUAUGUUGACAUUUUCCUCUCUAUUGGUUGGGAAGGUCUCUUUCACCUGUUGUUUAUUUGUGUGUUGCAUCAAUCAUAGAGUCGUUAGGUGUAUUGUAUGAUAUUUUGACAUUUUUGUACGGCAAUCUGUGUUGAGUAAUGGGAAAGGGAACGGAUUUUAGGAGUGGGUAAAUUAUUUAAACUAAUUAUUUCUUGCAGUCUAUUUGAACAGUCUGUAAAGCGAAGAAGGCCGAUAUGUGCAAUUGUUUGAAUAAAAAUUGUAAA